AUGAUGAUGUCUUGGUUAACAAUAUUCACUUGUUUUGCUUUUUUAUCAUCACUAAUUAUUGCCAAUGAUCCAUGUCGAUUUGAAUCUACAAAAGGUGUCAUAGAUUUAACUUCUUUAGGUCGAACUGAUGGAAAAGCUGCAUAUCCUGAUAAAUUACCACCAACAGGAUCCGGCUAUAAAUAUAGUUAUAAUCCUUGUAAACCAUUUACUGAAGAACCUGCUUGUAAAGGAGUAGCUGUUUGUCAAGUUUCGAUGGAUGGAAAAUUUAGCUUUUCCCUUGGUACACAAGAGAGUGCAAGCUGGAAUCAAGGUGGUAUAGGAGGUGGUCCUUCGGUUACUUAUUCAGCUGGUGAAAAAACAGUCGUUGUUACAUUAGAAUGUGUAACUGAUGGUACCGAUGAAUUAGAAGCUUUAGGUGAACCUACAACCAAUCACUAUAAACUUAAUUUAAAAAAUAAAUGUGCUUGUUGGGAUGGAUAUGUACCACCAGAAACAACAACGAAAUCAUCAGGAGGAGGUGGUGGCAAAAGUGGUCUUUCUGGAGGAGCUGUAUUUAUCAUAAUCAUUUGUGUGCUUCUUGUUACUUAUUUUGUUGGAUUCGCUGCUUAUUAUCGUUUUCGUUUGGAACGAGCAGGUGUUGAACUAAUUGCUCAUCGAACAUUUUGGGUUGGUUUGCCUGGUUAUGCAAAAGAUGGUGUUGUUCAUGUAUAUCGACGAGUAUUAAAUAAAGGCGAUACUCCAUAUCAGUCGGUUUAA